GACUAAAAGGACUCAAAACGUAUGGCCUUGGUCAUGGCACACCAUCUACGACUAUUCUCUCUUAUCUCCAUCUUGUUUUUGAUUACCAUUAUUAUAAGCCACUUCUUUUAUUCAGAUUUUAUUUUAUAUCUCCAACCAUUAUACUAUGAGAUAUUCAAUUAUUGCUUUUCUCUUUGCCUGGUUUUUAUUACCCUUCGUUGGAGCUCAGCCACGGGGAAAUUCCCAAAAUGACCCCAAUGCGAUUCAGGGGCUCCAUACAUCGGUAGGAGUCAUCAUUGGAGUCAUCCUCACUGUGGUCAUCUUCAUAUCACUAUUUUCCUUCUUCAUUAUACACUGCUCCAAUAUCCAUGAUGAUCACCAACAACAAGGCCCCAACCCCAUCAGGAAUAUCGGAAGGUCUGCCGGGAAUAAUGGGCAAGGACUCGAUGCGGCGCUGCUCCACACUGCUUUCCCUACGCUUGAGUAUUCGACGGUAAAGGGGCUCAAGAUCGGCAAAGGAGCGUUGGAAUGCGCCGUGUGUUUGUGCGAAUUCGAAAACGAUGAAACGCUGCGUUUAAUUCCCAAGUGUGAUCACGUUUUCCACGUGGACUGUAUUGAUAUGUGGUUCCAGUCGCAUACUACUUGCCCCGUUUGUCGGGCUAAUCUCGUACCCGGACCCGAUGAGUCCGUACACCGACCCGAGAUAGAUAUUGAGGCCCAAAACGACGCCGUGGAACAACCCGAGAUUCAAGAAAGAGUAGUGGCCGUGGCUGGAAGUAGUAGUACGGAAUUAGAAGUUUCACAAUUGAGGAAGAGUUUAAAUCGUAGCCGUACACGUGGAUCUAGAAGAUUAUUUCAGCGGUCUGUAUCGUUGUUACAACCGGGCGAGAACACGGAGCGGUUUACUCUGAGAUUACCGGCGAGGGUGAGGAAGGAGAUAAUUGAGCGGCAAUUGGAACGGAGCAGGAGCUUAUUGGUGCUGCCUAGAGAAAAUAGCAGAGGUGGGCGGUUGGGUAGGAAGUCGGAGCGGUGGAAUUUCACGGCGAGUUUUUCUAAUAGAUUAUGGUCUUCGUUCAAAUCGCCAAAGGUAGACGAAAAUGACUAAUUACUGUUUUUUUUUUUUUUUUGAAUUCGACUAAUUACUGUUUUGCAGUUAAGUAAAUGAGCUCUUGUAUAAUAAUAUCUAGAAACUAAAUUGCUCUUAGUUUAAGGUUAUAUUUUAUUUAGUGGUAAUUUUUUUAAAAUAUUAUUUAGUGAUAAUUUAAUUGUAAAUGUAUAUUAAAUUUAAAAUUUUGAUGUAUAUAUUUCAAAUUAAUUGUUUAAAUAACUAUUUUAGUAUACUUUUAUUUUUGUAGUAUUAGGCAAAAUAAAUUCAUAUUAUAGAAAAAUUUAUCAUAUAAUUUUUUAUUUAAAAAAGUAUUACUAGUACUUAAUAUAAUUAUUGGAGAAUGUCACCUAAUGUUGUUUCUAAUAUCUCAUUAGUGCUUGUGUGAUGUGGUAUUUAUUUUGUUGCUGAGUUUUACUUUUGAAAAAUGUCAUUAAUGAAAAGAAAAAAAGGGAGGAUCAUAUCGAGUCUCUUUUAAUUAGCAUAAACAAUACAAUAUCAAUUGCUAUUAUUUGUUAAUAAUAAAAAUAGUACACCAAACAAUAGAGCAAAAUUCUCAAACUAUUUAAAGUGAUGAAAAAUGGGACUUCUGUUAAAUUGUCCAAUGGCAAUAUGUGACUAACAGAGAAGUGAUCUUUAGUCUUUACUAAGCAUGAGAAUAUAGAACUGAACAAUACAAUUAUAACCUAGUUUUAAAAUAUUGAUUGAUCCAUUAUUUGCAAUUUCUUGUUUAUAGUAUUAUCUUUUUCUUAAAGGGUACCAUAAAACCACUAGAUACAAUAUUGUGACAUAUAUAUUACAAUUGGUAUAAAAUUUUAUCGGGUCUCACACAAUUUAUUUAAUACAUUAUAUAAAGAAACUUUUCCCAAAAAAAAAAAAAUGAUAAAAUUAGCAAAUGCAUGCGAACACAAACAUUAGUUAAAAAUAAUUUAAUAACGUGAAAUGGCAAAAUUAUAUAUUAAAGAUUCGUACCUAACCCUUUUAAUUUGACUAAAACAAAGGUUUAGUAUCAUAAUUAUUAAUUAAGCACAAACUAAUCAAGAUUAAGUAAUAAAAGCAAAAAGUUAUACUGAAAGAAGAAGAAGAAGAAUAAGAUGUUGUAAUAAUAUUUUCAUUGAAACUUAUUAUGAUAUAACUACAACGUACUACUCAUCAUGAUCAUCAAAGGUUAACCUUCUAAUCAAAAUAAUAUUUGCCUUUGAUGAAAAAACAAGAAUAUAGUAUAUCUAGUCUGAACAUUGUAAUGAUAAAGAAAAUAAAAGAAAAUAUCAAUUGAAAUGUUUGAAAGUACCACUUCUUCUACUACUACGUACUACUCCAACCCUCUUGAUCUGCUAGUUCCUUCUCCAAAUCUUGGGUCCACAACACUACUUCCAGUACUCGAAGACGGAAAUGAUGGUGGUUGUUGGAGAUCGCGUUUGCAAUUGGGGCAAUUGUAAAUGCUGCCAUUAGAGAGCCAAUCAAGAAUACAAUGGGGAUGGAAAACGUGACCACAAUUGGGUAUAAUAUUAACAACUUCAUCGUCUGCGAAAACUUCCAAACAAAUGGUACAUUCAUCAGCCUCUUCUCUUCCAGACCCUAGUUGCAUCUUAAUCUCCCUGUGAGUAACCCUCCGGAACCUCUCAACCAUCGCCUCAGCGCGUUGCCGCGCCUCCCUAGCCUGAGCCUCAGCCUGAGCCUGAGCCCGAGCCUGAGCCUCAGCCUGAGCCUGAGCCUGAGCCUGAAGUUCUACCCCCGGGCCGACAUUGUUGUUGUUCGCAGCAGAACCGUGGAAAUGGAGAUUGCCUUUGAUGUAUUGAUCGAUCAAGAUGAAGACGACGGUGAAGAAGAUUAUUCCGAGAAUUAUUAGCACUGUGGCUACGAUGUCUGAAAAUCUCGAUCGGUGUUUGGGUUGAGGAUUUGGCGAUGGCGCUUGAUGAUCAUGAGGUGAUCCGAUGUAGGCUAAGGCCGCUGUCGAGAGGAAUAGGACGAAAAGAAUGGCGAUCUUUUCUGGUUUCGACAGCCAUGAACAAUAAUUAUUGAAGAUCAUCAUCUUCUUGGAGAGAGAGAGAUGGGAAAUUGAUCAAAACUGAAGGAAUUGAUGAAAAGUGAGGAAUUGAUGGAAUGAGAGAAU